AUGACGCGAAAUGCCCCAGCCUCAAGUAGCAGCAGGACGACUGCAGAUCAAUCGCCCGAGUCUGUUCGUCUCAUACGCAGCGACCAUGAUUGGGACAUGUACAAGAACGACAUUCAGAUGCUUUAUAUAUACCAAGAUAUGUCUCUCCAAGCAACCAUGGAAGUCAUAGAGUCAAAAUAUGGCUUCAAGAGGAGUCUCCGCAAAUGGAAGUCCAAGAUGAAGGAAUGGGACUUCAUCAAGCACAUUCCCCCCAACGAGAUGGCAUUUGUGGUCUUGAAAUCAGAACAGAGGAAGGCGGAUUCAACAAACCCCAAAGACACGAUUUUCGUCCGAGGAGAUAUCACAAUCACGCAGGAGAGAAUUGCAAACUUUAAGAAAUUGAAGAAAGCAGAGCUCUCAGAAUUGCCGUUCAAUGCAGUUACCCCUCCAAAUAUCAGAUACUUCACCCCAGAACCAGACCCGGAAGAAGAAGAUGCUGUAAUGGAGAGCAAUCGCCCGUCGGAAGAAUCGUAUAGAAGUCCGGAAUCUACAAUCAACAGCGACGAAGCAGUUCAGCCCGAUGCACAAACAACCUCAUCUAUCCGUUCGCCGAACAUGGACGAAGUUAAGCUCGGCGUCACUUCACCCAGCUUCCAGCAUAUUCCAUCUACCGACACGCAGGUCAAAAUGAUGAUAGCUCUAGCAGACAAUCUCCAAGUCGACGGACAUUUUGAUGAGGCUGUAUCUUUGUAUCGCCGAAUUAUCGAUGAGAUGAAAUCCGAUCCGAGCGAUACGAAGUGGAAGGUCCAGUGUUUACUCUGCAAGCUCCUAUGUGGGAAUCAGUCCCAUCCAGUUGACCAACAUGAGUUGGCUCAGCUCUUACUUGCGAACUGGGCCUGGACUUACAAGCACAGCUACUCUUGUGAGAAUGGAAGUCAGCUAUACCAAGUUGCGUUUCGACUCAGUCGCAUCGACGACAACGACGACCGCAGCCUCCAGAAAAUCCGAGUUCUAGCAUGCGACCUGUUGGUACCAUUUGGAAGCUUCGGGAAAACAUGGAAAUUCGGCUCCCGAGAUCCCAAUUCCGAGAUCCUUUUCGGGGCCAUUGAGCUCGCCAACGCCUGCUCGGAACUUGCCUGGUAUGAGGCGGCAGAAACUCUGUUCUCGGUGUUGAUGGGGGGAAGUCUCGCUGCUUUGGACCGUGUAGGGCGCAAGUUCGAUAAAUUACGUGCAUAUAUAUGGUUUGCGCAUCAUCAGCAGCGACAGGAGAGUUGGAAGGAUGCCGUGAGCGCUCUUUGUGAUGCCUAUCGCAUCAUCACAAAUACACUACUCUUCUCUGGAAACGCUGUGGAAUAUCACGCAUUGUCGAAUCAACUAAAGACGACCGUCAACGGUAUUUCGCCAUCUUGGCGGUACUCUACAUCGUCAAUACAGCUCAAAGAACUGAUGGAGAUGGCUGAGCAAUUAGAUUCCAUCAUUGCGGACGAUGAAGAUGCGAAGAACAGUAUUCCCAGGCUCAACUGUGAUUCUACUGCGCACAGUAGCUCGAAUGCUGGGAAAUAUGGCAUUACUUAUUCUGAGAGUAUGAUGUCGGGCGUCAGUUUUAAUUACGCUGCGCCUUCUCUUGAGGCGCUCAUGAAAUACAACUACGCAGUAAAGAUUCGCAUAAUGCACUUCCAUCCACCUGCUGUGCUGCAUAUACCAGUGCCCGCCACACGAUACUUGAGCCAAUCUAGGCUCGAGUUUCAAAAUUGUUAG